AUAUAAAUUUUACGCGUAAUUUACCCAUGUUUUAAAUAAAAAUGAUAAAAACAAUAAAAUAAACAUUGAUCAAAAGCAAUUGUUCGAGCAUUGCAUGUAUAACGCUUUACAUGGAUUAAAAACUCGUGAAACAGGGAAUUUUGAGGGAAAAGCUACAGAAUUUUGACGCGUGUACAGGUCCCUACACAUUGAAACCCCCAUGCAUAAACCUUCCUUCACCUUCACUAGUACACACACAGCGAUAUUCAUUCAUUUGCACACUGCUAUACCAAUCACUCACUCGCAUUUCAAGGUUUUUUUUUUCUCACAGAUCCGAGAAUCGCUCCUUCGCUUUUCCUCGAACUCAACGCUUUAAUCUGAAUCGCUCCAUUUCAGAAUUUUCCGGGUCAUCCCCUCUGCAACCUCGUAAUUCUCCAUCAUUCGUCUGAAUUUCAACAUUUCUUCAAUUUUUUUGUCUGAUCCGGGUUUCACUUGGAUUUCCAUCCAAUGCGUCGUCCACGUUAUGAUUGAAAUAUCUUUGGAAUUGGGGAUCUCGAAGCGUUAUGUGUAGGUUCAUAUCUGUUGGUUCAUUUUAGUGAAUCUAGGGUUUUGAUCGGAAGGAUUAACGAUUCAAGCUGUUCCACUUUAAACAUUCAUUAUGGAAUUGGGAACUUUGGGGGUUUCAAGGAGAAUGCCUAUGGGAUCACAGACGUAGUUCCAAACUAAUUAGAAUUUGCGUAUGGUAUCGGGUCUGAAGUGAAAUCAAGUUUCCUGUUCGGAAACAGGAAACUACAAAUUCGAGUUAUCAUGGGAUGCAUGUGCUCGAAAGGAGUUUCACCUAACCAGUAUUCACACAAACACCCUAAGAAAUCAUCAAAACGGUGGUUUAGAUCUUCAAGAAGGGGUGAAGUAGUGGUGGAGGUUGAUAAUGGUUGCAAUGGUGCUAGUGCUACUACUCGACUUAUACCAGAGGGUAAUGAAGAAAAUGUAGCAGCUUCAGCACUAACAUUGUGGGAUGAUGAUGAUGGUGAGAAGAAGGAUGUAGCCUCUCAGAAGUCCAACAUGCAAUUAAUUCAAAGACCCGAGAAGAUUAUUGAGGGAAAUGGAGGAGGAGUACAUGUACAUCAGCCUGGAAAUUACAAAAUAUAUAGCAUCAGAUAUGGAGUUGAUGAAGUGCAAGCUGCUGGUGGAUGGCCACCAUGGCUGACUGCUGUAGCAGGGGAUGCAAUUAAAGGGUUGUUACCAAGAAAAGCAGAGUCUUUUCAGAAAAUGGACAAGAUUGGACAGGGGACAUACAGCAGUGUGUACAGAGCACGUGACCUUGAAACUGGGAAAAUCGUUGCACUAAAGAAAGUAAGAUUUUUAAACAAAGAUCCAGAAAGUGUUCGGUUUAUGGCUAGAGAGAUAAAUGUUCUUCGUAAGCUGGAUCAUCCAAAUGUGAUGAAGCUUGAAGGUUUAGUCACAUCAAGAAUGUCAGAUAAUCUUUAUCUUGUGUUUGAGUACAUGGAGCAUGAUCUUGCUGGGCUUUCAGCUUCCCCAAUGAUUGAACUUACUGAAUCACAGAUAAAAUGUUACAUGCAGCAGUUGCUUCGUGGGCUUGAACAUUGUCAUAAUCGUGGGGUUCUCCAUCGUGACAUUAAGGGAUCAAAUCUUUUAAUCGACAACAAUGGGAAUCUUAAAAUUGGUGAUUUUGGGUUAGCGACUUCUUUUUGCAUCAAUCAAAAUAAUAAACAGCCAUUAACAAGUCGAGUUGUUACUCUGUGGUAUCGACCUCCUGAGCUUUUACUUGGUGCUACCGAUUAUGGAGUUGGUGUUGACUUGUGGAGUGCUGGUUGCAUUCUUGCAGAACUUUUUGUUGGCAAGCCCAUAAUGCCCGGAAGGACAGAGGUGGAACAAAUGCAUAAAAUAUUUAAACUUUGUGGUUCACCGUGUGAAGAAUAUUGGAGAAAAUCAAAGCUGCCUCAUGCGACUAUUUUUAAACCAAAACAUCCUUAUAAACGAUGUUUGGGAGACACAUUUAAAGACUUGCCUCCAUCUGCUUUGAAUCUUUUGGAUUCCCUUCUUGCAGUUGAACCCAAUAAUCGUGGAUCCACUUCUUCUGCACUACAGAGUGAGUUCUUUACAACCAAGCCACUUCCAUGUGAUCCUUCAAGUUUACCAAAAUACCCUCCAAGUAAAGAAUAUGAUGUCAAGCUACGAAAUGAUGAAAAAAGAAGGAACAAAUUCGGUUCUACAAAAGCACGAGGAUCAGAAUCUUCUAGAAAAGAUAGAAUAAAAUCAAGACCUUUUCCAGCACCCUAUGCAAGAGAACAACAACAACAUCAUCAUCAAAAACCUCAUCAUAGUAGUAAUGUUAAAAACAGUCCUGAAGAUACAGAUAAUGUCGAUUAUUAUAAUAAACACCACAAGGGAUCCAAUUUAUCCAAAUUCUCAAAUUCACAUUCAGGAAAGUAUCACCAAUUACACAAUGCUGAAUCAUCUUGCAAGAAGCGUGAAAAUCCCCCUGGAAAGGGAUAUGCUCCAAAGGAAACCCGGAUCCAUUACUCUGGGCCAUUACUUCCACCUGGUGGCAAUAUGGAAGAAAUGCUCAAAGAGCAUGAAAAACAUAUUCAACACGCUGUGAGAAGGGCUCGUUUUGACAACAAGUAUAGUAAAAGGGGGUAUCAUGAAAAUUACAAAAAUGAUCAAAGGGAAUUGUUACUUCACUAAAGUUUCCGAUGUGCCCUAUUGUUCUAUGCAAUUUUGAUCAGGAUUCGGGACUUCAAGUUAUGAGAAUGAGAAAUGAUUUGAAGAGAAACAAGUUUUUUUUUUUUUUUUUUUUUUUUUUUAGAGUUUGUACAGAUUUUACACGAAAGGUUAUACUUGAGAGAUAUUCAUGUAAAUAAUGAAUGGGAGAAUGCCCUAACGACUAAAUAAAGAGUAUAGUGAUUCAUGGUUCACAAAGAACUACCAUGAAAAGUGUCCUAGAGAGGUUUAUUAUUAGUUUAAGUAUGAAGUUUACAAUUACAUUGAGAUUUUAUAUAUAGAGUAGUCUCCACAACUUAAGU